UAUUUGUUGUUCUUCGCAGAUAAAGACGAGGAGUGAUCAACUACUGACUUGGAAGAAGUUCUGUUAAGACUCGACGAUUAAGAUCACGUGUGAUAACUACGCUAAGUGCUCUGGCGUGACUGCGGUGGAAACACCACUUUGCACUGUUAAACUCAGACUGUACCUCUUUCUUCGCACACUCUUGUGGCCGUUGCUUCUUGUUUUGAAGAUGGAGAGGAUGUUUGAAGAUAUGUCGCACAAGGGUACUACAUUUGAUACAGACCAAACUUUGCGUACGAAGAAACUGCGGGGCAAUGGACAACUUGCUCAGGAUUUGGGCUCAUCAGGAUUCGCGUCGAAGCACGUUAAACAAUCUCAUAAACCCUCUAUCGGAAGCCGGAGCUCUAAAGAGCGCGUCGAACGCGGUUCUCCUUCCGGUUCGAAACACAAGAAACCUGUUGAAGAUUACAACGAAGAACCCGACGAGUUGGACUUUCUAUCCGGAAUGGACUCGGAAAACGAGCUCGACACAAAGUCUUCAAUGCCAUUGGUAUCUUCUCAGCUAUCAACUCAUGACCCGGAGCACCAAUUGGCUAGAAGCAACACCUUGAAAGGUCUGAAAUUCAAUAAAAACAAAUCAGAAAACGAUAAUGCUAGUAUUCCUUCGAAACCGCGCGGGCCAAGCUCGUCUAUCCUUGAGCCGAAAAGUCCGAACCUUUCCAGCGCAUCUCGUCUCUCUCCUCCCACGAAACCUGCGGCAAAAUCAUCAUCACAGUCGCGUAAAGUUUCUCAGUCUUCGCAUGUCGCUUCUAGAAAACCUAGUGUGGAGAAGGCUAGCAGUAGGAGCGUCCUGAGGGUGGUUGGGAGCUCCAGCUCUUCAGAUAAGGAUGACGCCAGGUCUAUUCGCAGGACUAAGGGAGAGCGGAAGGGAGAGCGGAAGGGAUUAGAAAGAAACACCCCUGCUGAGCCCUUGCCAUCGAAGAAGGCAAGGCCCAGACCGAAGCCACUACCUGCGAAAUCAUCAUCGUCCUCUGUCUCCUCUGCCCUUCUCAAACCUCCAGUCGGUAAAUUGCAGCCUGCGCCCCCCGCCGAUCUUCCUGUCUCCUUAUCACCAGAGAACACGCCUAGGAUGAAUCCAAAGUCCCUCUUAUCAAAACCUGAGAGGUUUCCUCUUGCUGCAUCGCCCGAGCGCGAGAACACACCCAAGAACCAUAAAUCUCUUCUCAAUGCACGACCUGCCGCCUUCCCGCUGUCGCCCAGCCUUUCUGGACGGAGGAAGGACGUUCAGAAAAAAUCAGCGUCUAAACAGUAUGAGCUGAUGAGGGAAGACUCCGACGACGAUGAAGCUUUAUCAAAAACGAAGACCAACGCUGUCUCAAAAGCAGCGCCUUUCCCUUUGAAUAGCCCGUACCCCAAAAGCAUGAUAAGCAUCCCAAAUAAGAGCGUCGGAAAACGCUCGUCGAAUGUUUCUCCGCAAGAAGACGAUAGUCCGCUCAAGAGACAACGUCGGGAUGAUGAUAUGUAUGUUGUGCUAAUAUCGAUGGCCGUUCUCUCUCAUGGUUCUGUUCAACGGCUAGGGUAAUCUCUUCGCCUCCCCAAAACCUUCAUUACAGCGAUGAUAGUGAUGACGACGAUUACUGUACGUAUGUCACUUAUUUUGCCUUUUGAUUAUCCCAACAGUCAAUAUCACAACAGUUUACAAUCCAUCG